GAACAAUAAGAGAACAUGUCGUCGUCAUUGAGAAGCUUGACUAUCAAGACCAACGCGCUUAAGCGUAUCGUGAAGGAGAAGGGCUCGUAUGUCAAGGAGGCGCACCACCAGAAGGAGAGGGUUGAGAAGAUGAGGGCGGAGAAUGCUGAUGAAUAUGAGCUCCGUGCGCAGGAGAAAGUGUUGGUAGAUUGCGACCAGAUGGUCCCCGAAACCCAAAAGCGACUCGAGACAGCCGUUGAGGAUCUCAAGCAACUGAUCGCAAGCGGCGAUCCGGCUUUCGAGGGCACCGCGGAGCUGGAGGCCGCAAAGGCUGCUGUUGCCGAUGCGGAGAAGACCGCUUAA